GGAAAGAUAAGGUGGCAUAGUACCACGUAGAGUGCGGAGGAGGUACUGUGGUGUGGUGCAGGCGGUUGCGGUGGAAAGUUUGCACUCAACUGCCAGUUGCGCUGGGGGCUCGCCGGAAUGCAAUCCUUGAAGAAUGAAAGAGGCGGGAGUGCUAUAUUUGGCUGCGGCGGUGACGUGGAGUGACGCACGGCCGGAAAUGAGCUGGAAGACGCUCCCUGUCAGGACUGUCAGUAUCAGCGAUGGAAGAGGAGGGGAGCGAGUUCGAGGGAGCGCGAGGCAGCGCAAAGCCCAAAUGCCCCCGAGGCUCGCGUCGACCGCCUCGCUCCAUCAUCGACCGCUGCCUCCCGUGCGUGCGUACGGUGGGAGAGCUCCGUGUGGGGAGGCAGAGGCGGAUGCGCCCGACGAUCCAUGGAGGUGCCACGAGAGCUGAGGAGAACUCCGCCUCCGGAGGCAGGCAGGCAGGCAGCGAGGGAGGUUUAAGUGAUUGAGUGAGUGGGAGUGAGUGAGUGUCUGCCUGCCUGCGAAUGUACUUCCGUGGUGGCGGGUUUACGUGUCGGGGACCAGAGAUGCGGUCGUUCAGGCCGGAUUCCCUCCAUUGUGAAGGGUUAUCGGGUGUUCAGCUGGGCAUCACUCCAGUCAGCUGAGGUUAGGUAGUAAUCAUUAGCUUUGACGCAUCCUGGAGGACGUCGCUGAAGGGGCAAGCUCAACCCUUUCAAUCGAUUUUUGUUAGCUUGCUGACAGGUGCGCGAAAUGAAGCGAAGGCGCAUCUGGUCUUUCGUGUGGUCUCGAGAGAAGGGAUCGGUGGCAACCAGAAAUUAGGCGAUGAAUUCCCUCCCAGUCGUGGAAUCACACGAGCUGUCGGGGAUGGAGAGCGGGUGAAACUUUAGUGUAGGUGCUUCACUCCUUAGAAUUAGAGCAGCUUGGCGAGACGGUGCUGCACCAGGAAUCGGUGUGGGGAAAAUGGAGUACGAGAAGGGUCUGCUGACGGACAGGGCGGUGAGGCUCAGGGACUCGUCGGCGGUGGAAGAGAAGAGGUACACGAAGACCUUGAAGAGCGUGAGGAGGAGCAUAAAAAACGUCCGGAGCAUGGGCCCUGCAGGGCCCUGCAGCAUUCCGAUCAUCCUGUCGUGCAUGAUCCUGGGCGCUAUCCUCGUGCUGGACUUGAAUCAGUACGUUCUGGGCGGCUUCAACUGCAAAUUGAGCAUUUUCAACUUCCAAAUCUUCUACCCGUCCAGUUCCAAAGCUCUGCAGGUACCGGACCUGCUGUCCGAGCGACCUCGUCACUACAACAACAGGACGGCCCAAGAGUGGAAGAAGAAGCUCUUCGACGACAACGACGAGGACGGGGAAGGCGACGGGGACGGGGACGGCGUCUCCAGCCAAGGUUUGGCGACGUUGCUCGAUGUGCCGGCAUCGAACAGGACCAACGCGGUGGGAACGCAGUUCUUCGACCAGGCAGGCCGUCGAGACGGCGCCAGCAUUGUGCAAUCGAGCUCGGACCUUGGCGCCAACGACACCGCUGCUGCGAAUUUCGCCGACCGCAGUGCAUACAAUUACGCAGACGAUGCGCCUCUGGGCAAGCCCUAUGGCAUGAACCAGCAAUUAGCGCAGGCCGGGACGCAGCUGCUGCUCAGUCAGGAAUCGAGCGAGUCCUCCACCCUCGAGCAAGAAUCCGGAUCGCGCCUGCCACCCCCGGGGCCGACUGGCGAUUCGAGCUCGCUGGAGGCCAGCAGCGGAGCCGGCGUCACGACUAGCGACGUCGCCGACGUCGAGGAGACCGAUUCCGGCGCGCUUUUUCUGGAGGAAUCCGUCGCAGCGACUCGGAGUCCUCCGUCGGAGUGCGACAUCUUCUACGGGCACUGGGUGUACGACGAGACGUAUCCUCUGUACGCGCCGAGCAGCUGCCCCUUCGUCGACGAGGGCUUCAGCUGCGCCAACAAUGGGCGGCCCGACACGGACUACUUGAAGUGGCGCUGGCAGCCCUACGACUGCGACAUGCCAAGAUUCAACGGCACGGACAUGCUGGAGCGCCUGAGGAACAAGCGCAUGACGUUCGUGGGCGACUCGCUGGGGCGCAACCAAUGGGAGAGCAUGCUGUGCAUGCUGCACCAGGCGGCGCCGAACAAGAGCCGCGUCUUCGAGGUGAACGGCGAGCUCAUCUCCAAGCACCAGAGCUAUCUGGCCGUUCGGUACUCGGACUUCAACGCGACGGUCGAGUUCCACCGCGCGCCGUUUCUCGUGCACCAGGGUCACCGCCCCGCUGACGCCCCGCCGUACGUGAAGACCACGCUCCACGUCGACCGGAUCGACAGCAGCGCGAAGAAAUGGAACCGCGGCCAUCUGCUCGUCUUCAACACCGGCCACUGGUGGACUUACGCCAAGACCUUGCGCGGGCACUGCUACUUCGCCAAGGACGGCAAAGUGGUGAACAUGGAGAUUCUGGAGGCGUUCGAAGAGGGCAUGAAAACGUGGGGCUCGUUCCUCGACCACAACAUCAAUCCCAAAACGACUCGCGUCUUCUUCCGCAGCUUCUCUCCCACCCACUUCCGGGGAGGGCAGUGGAACACGGGAGGACAGUGCAACGUGGAGACGACGCCGUACACGAAUCGCACGAGGCUCGACAUCUACCACCCUCCCACGGAGAAGGUCCGGAUCGCCGAGGACGUGAUCAGCCGAAUGAAGCUGCCGGUCACUCUUCUGAACGCAACGGAGCUCACAGACUAUCGGCGCGAUGGCCAUCCGUCCAAGUGGACUCAGACGGCCGGGACGUAUGGAACCGCCGUGAAUGGGUCCCGGUACCAGGAUUGCAGCCAUUGGUGUCUGCCAGGCGUUCCAGACACUUGGAACGAGCUUGUCUACGCAUCCCUGCUCAUGCAUCCCGACCCACGCUACGGUGAGAAGUCGAGUCUGGUCCGGUGACUUCUGCUGUAUAUUGUGCGCGAGAUUCAUGCCGGUGAUGUAUUCGGCCUUUCAGCUCGUAUUGAUUUGUCCGCGGUUUUCAGAUCUAUCAGCGAGGUCGCACGGAUCCACGAGGCAGCACAAGAAAAGGACUGUUAGGCACGUAAUACAGAAGGGCCAUUCCCACUCCAAACCGAAGCUGAGGGAUGGAGCUUAGAGCAGAUUGUGGAGACGCCCCGAGUGAGGUCAGCCCUUUGUACAAGUAGCCCAGUAUGACCCACUCAUUAAUCAAAUGUUAUUUGAAUCACACCAUCUCAGAGCAGGCAGUACAGUACAGUUCACGGUCCUGCAACAGGCGAGGAGUCAUUUACAGCACUCGGCAAAGUUAAAUCCAAGCACUCCAGUACGGACCACCCUCUUUAUGGAAGCCUGCCUGCCUCCCUCCCUCCGUCACCCCUCCCGCUCUUGUUUUUGUUUCAGCGGGAGGCGGGACUCCUAUACAGACGGAAGAUUGGGUUUUUCCUACGAACUUCCUCUGAUGUAUCAUUUUGAAGGAGAUCUUCAUCUUCAAAAUCCCAUAGAAUUUUAUUGAACUGUGGCAGAGGCAGGCCGAAAGGUACAGUAAGAAAUUUUGUAGGAUAGCUGGCCUGCCUCCCUCCCACCUCGACCUCCGUAGCAAAAUAAACGCGUCCUGAAGUCGGGCAUGUGCUCUCCCUAAUGAAGUACGUGUGUAACUCUACCCGGACACCAGGAGUCGGAUCGGCAUCUACGAUUAAAUAGAUUUCGGAUUUGGACUGUCCGUUCCGAAGGAGAUUUUCACAUUUCCGUGUCCAAAUCGGAGAGUUACGACUUGUUGGAUUUUAUCCAUUUAAACUGUAUAUUCAAGGUGGUUUAAACACCAGAUCCCUAUGAUAUAAG